AUGUGAUGCUGGAAACCUACAGGAACCUCACUGCUAUAGGUAAGACAGUGAAUUUUCUUUUACUUUUUAAAAUAAAGGAACAAAUGUUUCUUUGUUACUGAUGCUCUUCUGUAACUUCAAUUGAGAAUGAGGAUUGAGGUGAAUAAAUCAGGUUCACUGAAGAUAGUGACUUAAAUUUUGCCUAAUUUCCAGUAAUCAUACAUUUUCUGGUACUAUAUUUUAGGCUACGACUGGAAAGACCAUAAUAUUGAAGAACAUUGUCAAAGUUCUAGAAGACAUGCAAGGCAUGAAAGAAGUCUUACUGGAGAGAAACCCUCUGAAUAUACUCAAUGUGGUAAAGCCUUUGCCCAUCACAGUUAUCCUCAAAAGCUUGAAAGAAUUCAUACUGGAGAGAAACCCUACAAAUGUAAUCGAUGUGAUAAAGCCUAUUCACAAUAUAGUCAUCUCCAAAUUCAUAAAAAAACACAUACUGGAGAGAAGCCCUAUGAGUGUAAUCAAUGUGGUAAAACCUUUGUAUAUCACUGUUAUCUUCAAAUCCAUAAAAGAACACAUACUGGAGAGAAACCUUACAAGUGUAAUCAGUGCGAUAAAGCCUAUUCCCAUCACAGUUAUCUCCAAAUACAUAAAAGAACACAUACUGGAGAGAAACCGUAUGAAUGUAAUCAGUGUGGUAAAGCCUUUGCAUGCUAUGGUCAGCUUCAAAGGCAUGAAAGAAUUCAUACUGGAGAGAAACCUUACAAAUGUAAUCGAUGUGAUAAAGCCUUUGCAUGACACAGUCAUCUCCAAAUCCAUAAAAGAACACAUACUGGAAAGAAACCCUAUGAAUGUAAUCAGUGUGGUAAAGCCUUUGUAUGUUCCAGUCAUCUCCAAAGACAUAAAAGAAUGCAUACUGGAGAGAAACCUUAUGAAUGUAAUCAGUGUGGUAAAGCUUUUGCAUAUCAUUGUGGACUUCAAAGUCAUGUUAAAACACAUACUGGAGAGAAGCCCUAUGAAUGUAUUCAGUGUGGUAAAGCCUUUGCAUGUUACAUUAGUCUUCAAAACCAUGAAAGAAUGCAUACUGGAGUGAAACCUUAUGAAUGUGAUCAGUGUGAUAAAGCCUUUGCAUAUCACCGUAGUCUUCAAAACCAUAAAAGAACACAUACUGGAGAGAAACCCUAUGAAUGUGAUCAAUGUGGUGAAACCUUUGCAUAUCAUAAUUAUCUUCAAAUACAUAACACAUACUGGAGAGAAACCCUAUAAGUGUAAUCAGUGCAGUAAAGCUUUUGUAUGUCAUAGUAAUCUUCAAAACCAUAAACAAUGCAUACUGGAGAGAAACCCUAUGAAUGUAAUCAAUGUGGUAAAGCCUUUUCACAACCAAGUAAUCUCAAAAUACAUAAAAGAAC